GACCGGUUGUUGGAUAAAACGAAGGAGAAGAAACCCAGAAAUCAGUACUUUAGCUUCCCAGUAUUGAACUCGAACUCGAAUGAUCCGAAUUCGGUAUCGAAUUCGAGUUCGAAUUCAAAAUCUGGUAAUUUGGCGGGAAAAGUAGUUAAAGUUGAUAACAAUAAUAAUAGUAAUAGUAAUAAUAAUAUUGGGGGACGUUUAAGCAUUGGAAGGAAAAUAAGUUUGUUGAGUGAUUUGGAAGAUGAAAUGUACAACUCGUCAAGCAGGAUGUACAACAACGAGGUGGAUAGCGACUCGAGCUCGGAUUUGUUUGAGAUCGAGAGCUUUUCGCCUACGGGAGACAGUUCGUGUUUGGGUCAACGGAAGUCAAACUGUUACGCGCCUAGUGAGGUUAGCAUUGAGUGGAGCGUGGUGACGGCGAGUGCGGCUGAUUUCUCGGUGGUUUCGGAUUUUGAGGAUGUAAGGACAGGUGGCGUUGGUGGUGGUUGGAGAAAUUCUAGUGGGUCUGGUCGGGUUCGGGUUAAGGAUAGUAAAGAUGAGCAAAGGAAACGGUCGGGUAUUCUUUCGGGUUGUGCGAGUUAUAAAGCGGUGAGAGUGGUUGGAGAUGAGCGUAAGGUUGGUGGCGGUGAGGCGGGAGGGCGGACGCGGUUAUCGGAUUCUACGGCGGUGGGAAGCGUGUUUCGAGGGGGAAUGAUUUGACCCGAUAGGAUCAAACUACGAUUCAGAUGUGUUGCAUCGCUUUUGAAGUUAAAGUGGAGCUCCCGUUCGAGUAUCGGGAGAAACAUUUUCUUUAAGAAAAAAGGUGCGGCAUGCUUUACGACUCUUGUACAUUGAGCAGUGAUAUAAGUACAUAGGAAUUUACUGGUAUAAUAAUAAUAAUAAUAAUAAUAAUAAUAAUAAUAAUAAUAAUAAUAAUAAUAAUAAUAAUAAUAAUAAUAAUAAUAAUAAUAAUAAUAAUAAUGUGUAUUAUUUGUUUUCUUUCUGAGUUUGAUUCUUGGUUUUUUUUUAUUAUCAGGAAAUGAACAGUUUUAAAUGUUAACGUGUUUAAAAGGAGUAUUUCUUUAGAAAAUAAUGUUAAAAGAGUUAAUGACAUUGCAUCGUGGUGUUUAGUGUUCAUUAACUUGUAUCAAGUUUGGUUAUUUUCAUUAAUG